GAAAGCGUUCGCACGCGAUGUACGAUGCGGACGCUAUUGCUUAUAUAUUUCGCGACGUUAGUGAAUUGUGAAUUCAAAAGUGAAGUGAAACAUUUGAGGCAUGCCAGGACCUUGAUAAGGCAUGGACGCUCCAGGGUCCAUUUCAGUCGGACGCACACCAGAGCGAGGGACCUCGUCGCGCAAGUUAUAGAGGCUGAGACGAGUAGCGAAUUAGAGAGCAUCGACAAAUCCGGGGAAGACCCGGUCGCCUCGGCGCUCAGACCGUACAGCGCGCCCGACGACGACGGCCACAGAACGACCCCCGACAUGUUCCAGAAAUACUUCGGGAAUUAUUCCGGGAACGUCAUACAGAGAGACAGUGACACGACAGACGACGUGUCAUUACUGGAACACUUUAUCAAUCUAGAGCACAGUUACGACAACGACACUCAGAGAAUUCCGUAAGAUAUUAGAGAUGUUAACAAUACGAGUGUAGAUAGAGAUAACACGACGGUUGUCAGACCGAAUGUUCUCGAAGACGUUGUUACUAAGUUUCUAAGAUUGAUCGAAACUCAGCAUCUGCUAGGCGAGAACUGCACAGCUGGGACGCAUUUGAAUUUAGGGGAGGGUGUAGUAGAUAGGUACGCUCAAGAGAGGUUUAGGGUGGAAGCGGACGUCGCUGUUAAUAGAGCGAACAUGCUCACCAGGCUGUGGAAAUACGCCGGUCCUUCCGUCAUGCAUAACGAGUACCUGUUGCAUGCUAGUGUGUUCUCAAUGGUGGAGUUCGACGAUGACGUGUUCGCAGCGGGGAACUGCUACGACCAAUAUCAAUAUAAAGAUUACCAAUUGUUUUGUCCGUUCGCGUAUCGGUUACCCGAGGGGCCGAUACUGGCGAAGGAUCUGGCGGUCGAGUACAAAUAUUUGAGCAACACCUCGGAGUGGUUCUACAUCGCCCGUAAGAAUGCCGAGCGCGUGAUACGAAACCACAAUCAGUUCAGGAGAGGCUACAACACGUACACACACAACGACACGGCGCACACGGAGCGCGAGUUCGACGAGAUCCUGUCGGUGACGUACGAGGACGGCAAGUGGUCCAAGCCGUACUACGACUGCGGCGGCGGCAACAUCUGGAUGCUGACCUACACCGUGCCCUUCUUCGGCUACAACGGCACCUACUUCUUCAAAGGCACCAGCGGCAUCGACAUCGACCUGCGACGCGUGGACAUCGACCAGUGCCCGCUGCGGCCCGGCUCCACGCAGCUCAACAUCUUCGCCGGCACCGACAAGUGUAAGAAGAAGACCACAGAGUGCGUGCCUGUCCCCGGUCUCGGGUUCCGGCGCGGCUCGUACCGCUGCGUGUGUCGCCGCGGCUUCUACUUCCCAAACACCACCGCCGACAGUCGCUUCUACAACGGCAGCGACAUCGAGGAAGAAUACGAGAAGCAUCUCUCGAACCAACUGAGCCUGUACUCCAAAGCCACGGCAUUCGAGUGCCUGCCCUGUGCAGAAGGCUGCGAAGCGUGCGUGGAUGGGUCGCCGUGUGUGGCCGCCUUGAACUGGGUGGUGAGGACGACCAUCUUCGCGCUGGCCUGCUUCGUCAUAUCGUGCUUGCCGUUCAUCGUGUAUUUCACUAUCAAAUAUGGACAUGUUCGCGUGGUGCGCGCGGCGAGCCCGGCACUGCUGCGGGUGAUCGUGCUGGGCGCGCUGCUCAUCUACUGCACGACGCUGGUGAUGUACGGGCGGCCCACCGUGUUCACGUGCACGGCGCGCGUGUGGCUGCGCGAGGUCGGCUUCUGCUUGACGUACGGCGCUCUCAUGCUGAAGACGUGGAGAAUAUCGGUGAUCUUCCAAGUGCGCUCGGCGAAGGCGGUGAAGAUCUCGGACAUGUGCCUGCUGCGGCGCAUCGGCGUCAUCGUGGGCGUGGCGUGCGUGCUGCUGAGCAUCCGCACGCUGGUGGCGCCGCCCGCCGUCAUCGUGGGCCGCACCACCGACGACCUGAAGGCCUACCUCUGCAACACCGACUGGUGGGACCACUCCUUCACCACUUUGGAGGUGAUCUUCCUGAUGUGGGGCAUCCGGCUGUGCAUCAUGGUGAGGAAGGCGCCCUCGGAGUUCAACGAGAGCCGGUUCAUUUCCAUGGCCAUCUACAACGAGUUCCUACUAUCUGUCUUCCUUAAUAUUUCUAUGUUAUUUCUACAAUCACCCGCUAAUCCGGACCUUCUGUACAUAAUAUUCUUCUGCCACACGCAGCUUACUGUCACAUUACUUCUGUGUUUCAUUUUUGGUAGUCGGGCAUACAUGGUGUUCAAAGGUCAAGGGAAGGACGAAAGGGAGAAAACCAAGUUCAGAUCUCGACCAGCUGACUCUACCUACACCAUGACAACUAAUCGUACCGCACACUUUUGUGACAACAUGACUGAAAGAGAUUUGGAGGAGGAGUUCAAAAAAAUUUGUAACCAGCUAGAGAAGCUCAGAGAAAGGUGCGGAUCAGGUGCUCAUCUUUCGAAGAUAAUAGCUGCCAUGCAAGACGCAGCAACUUUACACGAACGAAACCAAGGUUCUACAGAUUCAGCGCCACUCAAACUAAACACUGUGUUCAGCGCAGUGGCAGGAAAGCUCAUGUGUACUGUGACACCGGGAGAAGAAUCGAGCAGCAGUGGCAGAGAUCUUCCAUUCGAAGCCCCUCCAGCGUAUAAACAGAAAAACUUCACUCUAGCUAAAAGCACGGAGAAUAGCAAUGCAGAACAAAGCCAAACAGAUGUGACGACAGACUCUCCAAAGAAAAGAACAGAUUUGAACGAGGAAGUUGAAACAAAAGAAGAAAAACAGAAUGGUGUUUUCAAAAUAUCAGGUGAAGCUGGCUGUAGUGACAUACGUCCGCCUGAAGUAGCCAUUAAAAAUGGUAUCGGCAAGAGUGAUAGAAGUGAAGUGAGGUCCAGUCCAAGUAGUACAGAGACUGUCAAAGGCGUCAGGUCUGGCCAUGCGAGGACUCAUGCCAUUGUUAUUAAUUUAGACGACAAAAGUCGUUUUACUGAGGAAGUGACGGUUUAGUACACUGUAAAUGAAGACUGUACUUACAUUCCACGAAAAUCCAAAACAAUAUUUAGAUGAUUUUCUCUUAAAUUACGUAAUAAAUAACUUGUUGAUCAAAGUGAGUAUAUUGCUAAAACCCGGUUAGCAAACAGACUUUGAAAUUGAUUUGUAACAUAAACAAAUUUACUUAGCUGAAACUUUUAAUUACAGGUACAUUUGAAACUUGUUUCACAAGUUUUUCAAGAAGAACUAUUGCCGUUUUAAAUCUGCAGUAGAAAACUUGGGUAGUUUAAAGAAAAUAAAUGUGCAUUGAGACAGGUUUACUGCGAAAGUUUUUCCUGUGAAUUCUUAGAUGACUAAAUGUUUUUGUGAGUAAAAUGAAAGAUUUAAAUCCUUGGAUGCGCCAUUGGCUUCUUUUAUUAUUAUUGUCUUAAUCCACAUGAAUAAAAUGUGACUUUUAUAGACCUUUUAUUGACAUAAAACUUAUCCACAGCUUUUCUGAGACAUUUUAACAAAUUGAUAUUUCCAAUUUGAAUCGAAAUCAUCUAAAAAUUGUUUUGUUAAGUCUGUUAAGUAUUAUUAUUUUGUAAAUGCUAGUCUGUACUGUGAUUUAUAGUUAUUAAAACUAGUUACGGGAAUUUUUAACAUUAAAAAAGUUCUUAUAGUUAUAAACAUGCAUAUCAAGAGUUACUUCCUUCGAAUAUUUUAACUGUAAAUAAAAUUUGAUCUGCUCGAAAUGUAAAUAAAUGACUUGAGAAUUUCGCUGGGAAGUUGUGCUUAAGUUGUGAUUGCUUGGUUGUCGGGUUCCUGGCACGUCGGAUAACAGUUUUAUCCCCGGUUAAGGGAUACUAAUUUUGCAUCCCAGUUUUAAACUGGUUUCAUGAAAUUUUCGCUGACAAGUUCGAAACUAAUUUAAAGAUUUACUCAAUUACCUACUCAAAUAAAUACUGUCGUCUUAAGUCGUUCUUUCGAAAUAGCUAUUCAUGCAGUUCUUCCAAAAAUUAAGUCUUUGUAAGUAAUUGUAAUACAUUUAAAAAUAUAUGUAAAUCUGUUAUCUAUAUGAUAUUUGUUAUAAUUUUGCGAUGUUGAAUUAUUAUUAAAUUUUGUUAUAUGAUAUAAUUAUAAGAAUGGUAUGUUGUAUAUGUAUAAUUAUGUAUGUGUUAAUAUGUUCUUAUUAAAGAACUAUGCCAAUGAUUAUGUGAUGGACUGUAGUAGAUACAUAUGUUAUGAUGAGAUGUUUCAUGAGUUUACUAAUAGUUAUAAAUUUCUAUUUAAAUUUCCAAAAGAUUUUACUACAAAUGCAAUUUUUUAGAAUAAUAUCAUACUGGUCUGGUCCUAUAAAAAGUUGUAUUCAUACUGGAAAAUAGCAGUAUACAAGCAGCUCUCAAACUAAAACUAUAUAUUAAAAUAUUUCUUUAUUGCCGUAAAUACUUCUUUUUUUAAGGAAAUUUAAUUGUAGUUUCUAGGAAGGUUAGAAAAGGACAAAACCUACUCGUAUUUUAAAAGUGGAAACACAUUUUAAAGAUUCAUUCAAACAAUUUUACACUAUUUUUUAUUAGGUGCGUUUGCAGUUUCUAUAAAAUUAAAGGGUUACAUAAUGAAAGACAAUUAGUGACAAUCGAUAUUGUAAAUACUCAUUUAAUAUACCUAACUAUUAAAGCUUUAUAUAAGAUCAAUACACACGAUUAAGAUUAUCAUGAAAAUAUCAACACACCGUUUCGUCCGCGUAGUUUCCGGAUCCCACAAGAUGACAUAAAAUAUAGUCUGUUACCUGCUGAUAAUGCAGCUUUCCAUCAGUGAAAGAAUUUCUAAAAUCAGUUUAGUGGUUUUGGUGCCUGUACGCUACAAAUAAACGAAAAAUCUUUCCUAUGUUGAAUAUUUGUAUUGACUAAAUAUUAUAAAGCUGAAGAGUUUGUUUGUUUGUUUGUUUGGUUGUUUGAUUGAACACGCAAUCUCAGGAACUACUGGUCCGAUUAGAAAAAUUCUUUCAGUGUUAGACAGCCAUUUAUCGAGGAAGGCUAUAGGCUAUAUAUUAUCCCCAUAUUCAUACGGGAACGAGAACCACGCGGGUGAAACCGCGGAGCGUCAGCUAGUUUAAAAUAAAUCUACCUACUAUUAAAGAAGAUUUAUUUUAAAUUUUACACUACCAGUUUCAAUAUAUGCGGUGCAUUCUACUUUAUUCAAUAAAUAUUUAUUUAUUGUACCGCUUAAGUAUAAACCAAAUUAAAUUAAUCGGAUUGAAAUUAAAAUUUAAUUUUGCAAUUGUGAGGCACUUAAAAGCUGCAUAAUAACGGCUUACAGCAUAUUAAAAAGCUCACUGAAUUAUAUUUUUAAUUAUAAUUUAUUCUUUAUUGCCAUAAAGUUUCAAAUUCUAGAAUUUGUAUGGGAUGCCAAAUUCUUGAAUUUGAAAUGGACAAAGUUUCAAUUCUAAAAAUCAAAUAAUAUUUCUAAAAAUCAAAUUCUACGCAGAGGAGACGCGAUGGUCUGAUAGAAAUAAAUAUUUAAGAAGCUUCAUUAUUUAUUUGAAUACAUAUCUUAUUCGUGUGUAACAAUCUUAUCCUAUAUGCAAUGUGAAUAAAUGUUAAUAUUAUAUUAUAAUAAAGAAAAACUUCUUCGUGAUGAUACGUAAUAUAAGUUUGGUGCGUUUUGGGUUGUAAGUAUUAUAAUAUUAAUUGAGAGAACCAAAGAUAAUGAGAUUAUUUAAUAAAAAUAUUAAUGAAAAUGAUUUUUUUUUGUGUAU